GCAGCCCGCUGACAUCUGGCUUUGACAGCAUUUGUUAAACUCAGCUACUGUCCUCAAAAAUGAGGUUGCAAUUUAAUUCAGUCAGUGUAAGUAUACUAAUAGUAUUUUAAUAUGAAUGUGCUCUGCUUAUAUUUGACUUUCCCUGAAGGAAAGAAUUGAAAUUACUAAAAAAAGACCAACCCACACAUUAAAAUGAGCUAUAGGUCUAAACAGACUUUUUAGCUCCUACAGUUUCUCAGAGCUUUAGCUCAGGAAGCCACAAUACAAGUGUGUAUAGAUUUUUUUUCAGACAGCUCACAGCAAAUAUAUGCUAAUUGAAUCUCUUGCAUAUCUGCAUGCUUCAUCAGUCACCCACAUUGCCUGAGUUCCUUCAGUAACAAAGCCUGUUUCAUAUUUGCAGAUGACUUCAGUAUGUUUUAUUAACUGAGUACACUGCAUAUCCCCAGUUCUUUGUAAAGGAAUCAAUGGAAUAAAUUAAUUGAGGGGGAGAAAAGAGGUAGAAGAAAACUGCCAGCUCUUCUGGCUUUUUUCCCCCCCUCCUCUUUCCAAAGAUAAGGAACUAAAAUCUAAAACCAAACUGUAAAUCUUGCCUUUUCCCCUUCCUGACAUUUUCUCUACAGAAGCAUAUUUCUACUUCUAGCUGAAAUAAGCAUCUACCUAGAAUAUCAACAAAGACAGUUCCUUUAUGCUGGGAUCUGCCUUUUUUUGUGUUUUUUCUGGUGCUACUGCUCUGUUCUUGAUGAGUCCACUAUCUGGAAGCUGAGUGUAAUGAAACAUAAUUGAUGUGGCUUAAUGGAUUCUCUUUUUUGUGUAUAUGAUUUUUUUAAAACUUCAAAUAUGCAGAAUAAUAAACAAGCUGGAUAAGUUGUCUUGAAUUUUUACAUAUUACUGUAGUCACAAAAAUAAGCUGCUGAAUUAGCAGAAGGGAGUAGAACAGAAACAAGUGCUAACUGUGGAGUUAUCAAGUGUCCUCCCCUUGGCCAGUGCAUAUCCUGGGGACAUCUGGGUUUCUUUGUCAUCUUUGGGAAUGAAGACUUGGUGCUUGGGAUCAGCUUGAAAAUAACACUGCUAGGAUUUUAUUUACUGUGGUGCUAAUGAUGUUUGGGUGUCCAAAACUUCACCCUCCUGGAAGGGUGGUGGCAGGUUUUUAUUUUGCUUUCAAAAUUUAAACCAAAGAAAAAUAUAAAGCUUCCAGUCAGACACAAACAUCUACACUCUGGAGUAAGGUGAUGGUCAAAUUUUUUUUAAUUUUAACAUGUCUAUUUAGGGAUAUAUGUGAUGCUAAAUCAUGUAUCAUCUACAUAGCGGAGAGAAGAGUGCAGUGAAAUAAAAAAUGUGAGCAGCUUUGAUAUGAAGAAUGCUGUGCACUAAGGCCAAGGUAAAUUAGCAGAGUCCCCCUUGCAGCCUUUGUCUUAGUUUCUAGUGUGACAGGAGGAUAUUAACUGCUGAUAAAAUCAGGGUAGGAAAGCAAUGCUUCCAUUAAAAUGUUAUGAUUUUGGAUAUUGAAGCAGACCUUACUUUUCCCUCUCUUUUUCCAGCAUCAAGAGAGUGAUCCAUAUCUCAUUUACUUGAAAACCAUUAGUCACCAUUCUAGAGAGACAGCUAAUUACUUUUAACUAAAAAUAAUAUUUUGAUAAAGCUGUGCCAUUUCUCCUGGGAGUUGUUUUAAACUUCCUGCAUGCCUACUACCAAUUUCUGCAAUACAGCUUGGGAGGAAUUUGUGCUGCACUGUUCAAUAGCAACAGGUCUGAAGAGUACCAAGGAUGAAAUUCUCAAAGGUCUUCAUGUCAUGGUUGGAAAUGGAAUCAUUACUGUAUUUUUGAGCUCCUGCUAACGUCAUUGACACCCACCUACAGUCUACUAGAAAUAUAAGUGCAGAGAUCAGGUUGUUCACAGAUUACAAGGAGACCAACCAAGAAGGGGCAAGCCAAAGCCAAAUUCCCUGGUAAGCUCUAUUUUAAACAAUGUGAGAGGGAGAAUUCCUUUUCUCCCCCUGAGUCAAGUUGUGAAAUGGAUCUCUAGUAUGUUAGACCAGGCUGUAUUAAAUACCAUUGCACUUGUUAUUAUAUGUAGUAAAAUGUAAUGCAGUUUUAUUAGACUGAGCUCUCUGGAUCCUGAGUCACAUUUUUGCAUUCUCCUUGGAGCAUACAGAGCUCUGGUGCUGUAUUAGCCACUGAAAAUGGCUUUAUGUAAUUAAUGUAAACUUACAAAUGUACUGUUUUUGUGUUGAGUGUUCUGCUGGUCCCUCAGAAGAGAGUCCAGUGUCUAGAAAUAGCUUUGGUAUGGGAAACACUUGUUUAGAACAAUUUGUUCUCCCGAGGACCUUAGUACUAUGAAAACAAAGAGUUGCUAGCACAUGGGUGUAAUCUGCAGUGGGCAGACUGUGCUUGGAUUCCCAUGCUUUGUGUGUUGCCAGUGACAGCUCUGUAGGAUGUAAGGAGUACGUGUGUUUGCCCUUCUUACAGGCAGUCUGUUCAUCUCCAGCAUGUGGAAAGGGCUGCUCCUGGGUCUGUGUGUAGUAUUGGCUGUGAGAGGACUGGCAAAGGGGGCUCCUUUCCAACCAGAAGACAAAUGGAAGCCUCUUGAUAACCCCAGAAACAGAGACCUGUUUUUCAGAACACUCCAGGCUUACUUCUCGGGCAGGGGUCUGGAUCUCAGGAAGUUCCCAGCCACUUUCACUGUGAACAAUGAAGGAUCAAGGCUCUACUCAGAUCCUAUUGCUUCUGCAUUUGCAGAUUAUGAAGAAAAGAAAAAAUCCUUUCAGGACUAUUUCAAAGGCUGAAAGAUUCUGCUGAUGAAGGCAUGAACUUCAGAAGUCCAUGCCAAGUGGAAACCUUCACAGCAAAAUUUUACUGCUUUGACUUUUUAACUGUUACCUGACAAUUCCAAAGUUUCUUCACUGUCCCCAUUUCUGCCAAUGGAAUCUGGUGUCCUGCUGCAAUGAGCGUUAUUCUGUCUGUUGACAAAUGUGUGCUACGGCAGUCUGUGAGCAGAAUUGUGCUUAAGUGUGAAUAAACGGGGAGUGCAUUUAA